GAUCGCAGGAGUUUGCUGAAGUGUCCCCGCUGUUGAGUUGGCAGUUUGACUGUAAAGAUGCUUCCCGGAGUGGUCACCGUGUUGCUGACUUUAAUCAGCCUCACUGAGAGCAAACAGAAAGACUUUUACACUUUUAAAGUGGUGAACAGCAGAGGGAAGUUAGUGUCCCUGGAAAAAUACCGGGGGUCGGUGUCCCUGGUGGUGAAUGUGGCCAGCGAGUGUGGCUUCACUGAGGAACACUACAAAGACCUGCAGCAGCUCCAGCGGGACUUUGGGCCGUAUCACUUCAACGUUCUGGCCUUUCCUUGCAACCAGUUUGGGCAGCAGGAGCCCGGCAGCGACAGGGAGAUCGACAGCUUUGUGCGCAGAGUCUAUGGAGUUUCCUUCCCUCUGUUCAGUAAAAUCGCUGUCGUCGGAACUGGAACCAACAAUGUGUACAAGUACCUCGCUGAGUCUUCUGGAAAAGAGCCUGACUGGAACUUCUGGAAGUAUCUCAUUGAUGUAAACGGCCAAGUGGUGGAUGCAUGGGGACCGAAAGUGUCUGUCAAAGAAAUCCGACCCAAAAUAGCUGAGAUGGUGCGGCAGAUAAUCUUAAAGAAGAAAGAAGAGCUGUAACCUCCUGUUAAAACACCCUUUAGUGUUCUGCGGUGUGACAUUUAAAUUUACCAGCACCGGAACCAAAGGGAUGAACUGAACACAUUGACUUUGCUUGUACAAUCAGACUUCGUUAGAAUAAAUCACUCAGUUCAAGUCACACAGUGAAAGCAUGUUUGACUUGCUCUCUGAACGCACUGAUGAAACACCACUAUGUUUUUAAAGUCGGGGUUCAUAUCAGGUGUUAGACAUAUGAAGCUGCAGCUGUAAGCCAAAGAGCUCCUGUUUCCCUGUUGGCCAUGUGGAUUGUGUGUUUGGGUUUGUGUUCAUUCUGAUUUGUGGAAUAAACUUGACUGUG